CAACAUUCAUCAAGCAAAUUCGAACGCCGCUAACGCCGAGUUUCUAAGAAUGCAUUACGCAUACGCACUGCUGGCCGUCGCAUUGGCCGCAUUGUGGCUGCCACAGCCGGAGGCAGUGAGGCGCUACGAUCUGUUCGCACGCAGCGGCGACAAUCUCGUCCGUCUGCCCUUCUUCGGCGGCGGCGUCGCCCAGCUGCUGCGCUACCUGCGUCCCCUGGAGCAGCCCAGCGGCGGCUUGAGCAGACGCUCGCCACUGCGCGCCGCACUGGACGAGAACUAUGUGAGCUAUCGCGGCGUUCAGCUCUGGAAGCUCAACUUCAAUGGCACUCGCAAAAUGGGCGACAAAUCACCGGAUGCCCAGUUCCAGCAGUUCGUCGAAGAUUUCGGCAGCGAGGUGUGGAACGUGAAUCAGGACGGCAUCGAUGUGAUCAUCGAGCACAAGAACGUGGCUGCCGCCCAGCAGUAUAUGGCGCAGACCGCGUUCAGCUACAACAUCAUGAUCGACGAUCUGGAGACGGCCAUCGAUGAGACGUACACGGAGAUCAGCGACACGGACACCGACCAGGACAAUCCAUUGGCCAACUACUCGCUGCCGUGGCUAAAUCGUGAGGGUGUUCUCCUCACCUGGCGACGCUAUCACGACCAAGCAGAUAUACAGCAAUUCCUGCAGAAUGUCCUGGAAACGCAUGCCGAGCUGGCGGAGAUCGUUCAGAUUGGCGUCACGCGCAACAAGCGACCGCUGGAGGUGCUCAGAGUCUCGAAUGGCAAUUCAAAUAAUUUCGCGGUCUUUGUGGAUGCCGGCAUGCAGGCACGCGAUUGGCUCAGCCCGGCGGCGCUGACCUAUGCCAUCUCGAAGCUGACCUGGCUGUGGGAGCAGGGCCAGGCGGACAGGGCGAUGCGUCACAUCGACUGGUACUUCCUGCCGUUGGUCAAUCCCGAUGGCUAUCAGUACUCGCGUCUCACCGAUCGCCUGUGGACCAAGAAUCGCAAUUAUGACGCGGCCACCGGCUGCUACGGCGUCAAUUUGGAUCGCAACUUCGACUAUGCCUGGGGCGAGGCGGGCGCCUCAUCCAAUCCGUGCAAGAAUCUCUAUAGGGGCGCCAAAAGCUUCUCCGAGCCGGAAACACGUGCCAUGCGCAGCUUUCUGCUGGGCAUGCGCGACUAUUUGGGCGCAUAUGUCUCGUUCGGCGGCUACGGCCAGACGAUUACCUAUCCGUGGGGCGACGCCGACUAUGUGACCAGCAAUCAGCGCCAGCUGCGCCACACAGCUCGCCAGGCCAUCCUCAACUUCCGUCGCCUCAACCACGCCGAGUACAGCAUGGGCAGCAGCUAUCGCCAGAAGCUGGCGAGAUCGGGCAACGCGGCCGACUGGGUGCAGCAGCACAUCGAGCCGCAGUUCGUCUACAAUGUCUUCCUCAAGGAUCAGGGCCGCUAUGGCUAUCUAAUGCCGCCCCACUACAUACUCGAGUCCGGCGAGGAGGUUUACGAAUUCCUAAAGACCAUUGCACAGCAGUUGCAAUAAGUCAAGCCGCAUUGAGUUAUCUUGAUUGCUUGAUCAGCAUUUAUAUAAAUUUAAUU